ACACUGAACAACAAAUUAGUAUAAAAUUUACUAAAUUAACAAUCUUUUUUGGUUGACUCCAAGCAAAGAAUAAAGUGUUUUCCUAAUCUUCUGCUAAUUCUAGUGUUUUUACAGCUCAGAUUCUCCUCACCUACGCCACUAUUCUCCUUUACUCCUCUACCUUAAUUUCUCGUUUUCGUUUUCUUUUUGGUUUCACUAUCUUAAAAAACAACCACGUCCUUUUCAAUCAACACUCUUUGUUUUUUACACCAACUUUCUUGAUUGGACACUCAAACCCAACAUCAAACGCCGGUUUGGUGUCAUCUUCACGCUAGCUAGCUCCAUCCACCCAUCAUUUCUGUGUUCUGGGUCAUCGCCAGUUUCUUCCAAGCUAAAGGAUUCUGGGUAUCUUCACUUUCUCCAUUGAGCUUUCAUCGUGAGUGAGGUGUUCAUGUCUUGGAGUUCUCUUCCAAUGGAUGAAAUGGUUGGGCCUCGUUUGUACUGUUGCUAUAAGUGUAAAAAUCAUGUUUCUGUUCAUGAUGACAUAAUCUCCAAGGCCUUUCAGGGAAGGAAUGGCCGAGCCUUUCUAUUCUCUCAUGUGAUGAAUGUUAUUGUGGGCGCCAAAGAGGACAGACAUCUCAUGACUGGUCUUCAUACAGUUGCUGAUGUAUUUUGUGGUGAUUGUCAUGAGUUGUUAGGUUGGAAGUAUGAACGAGCAUAUGAAGAUACACAAAAGUACAAGGAGGGGAAGUUCAUACUCGAGAAGUCAAAAAUUGUCAAGGAAAAUUGGUAGCCCCGUUUCAAAGAUUUCUCGGAUUUUUACUUCAAUGUAAGUGUCUAUUAUUCUUCUGUAUCUUCUAUCUGUACAGAAUGACUCCAAAAUGUUUGAUAUCUGAUCCGGUAUUUCUUUCAUAUGUUAUUCCCAAUGUUUUACCUCUUUG